AUGAAACACAUUAAAGAGCUCCUCAGACCAGAGAAUAAAUACUCCGCCGAGUACAUCGCACAAGAAACCAACAAAGAAAUACAUAAACGACUUGGUAAAAAUGUUGAUAGUUAUUCAACAACAAAUGAUGCUGGAAAUGAAAGAGGCAGCUUUAUAACAAUGAUGGCCGCGUUGAUGAUGGGAGCAUGUGGGUUGACAAAUAAUCAAAUUGAUUCCAUGUCAAAAUUGAUUUCCAUAAUUUUGCUAAUGUCCAAUGUUCCCCAAAAAGUUGUUAACACUGCUCUGAGUUCUUCAACUAUGCAACGGAGAUUUGUGUUAAUUUCGAAAAAAACCGGAUAUGACUUACAACUAAUCUUCAAGCAGUGUGACUAUUAUACAUUAAUGGCGGAUUCAGCAAUGAACAGUGGGGUCGAGUACUUUUCUCUCUUUGUAAGAUUCGUGUUUUCAGAUGGAUCAUUUGUUGAUAAGAGAAUCAAAAUCGAAAACUAUGAUGGCAAAACGGAUGCUGCGGGGUGGCUCGGUUGGAUAAUGAAAAUGUUGGAAUUGAUGGAUGUUGACCUAAUUAAAUGCAUUGGUGCUUGUUUUGAUGGAUCUUAUGUUCUGAUACGAAAUGGUGGGCUCUCUGGUAAACUCCUAGCUAAAAUAAAAGAGAGAGACGGGCUGAACGGAUUUGAUUCAAACUACUGCUUUUCACACAGAACAAAUAAAGCGACUGAAAAGUGUUUUGAAUCGCAAUGGGGGCUGGCUAUUGAAAGUUUCUUGGAUGGGUUAACAGUUCAGACAACAAGAACUGCAUGGGAUCAAUUCUGUGCCAAAAAUCAUAUCAAAGGUGCAGUUCUCAAAUUGGUUCAACGAUCUGAAACAAGGUGGCUCCAAACAGUAUUGAUUCUUGAUAAUAUGUUUGAGAAUCUGCCUUCACUUCAAGAAUUUUACAGUGAAAGAGAACAAUGCCAAAAGCCUUUUGGACCUCGCAACAUUAUGGGUGAGUGUAAUGUCAACUGCAAAUUGUUUGUUGCGUGUAUGUUCUUCACUCAGAUAGUGCUCAGUAAGGUGAAGAUAAUUAACGAUUGGCUACAGACCGCCAAUUUACUAUACCCCGUGGCAUAUCAACGUGUUAAAGAUCUAAUUUUAAACAUCUUCGAGCUCAGACACAAGGUGGUGUUAACCGAUUAUUUAGAAAAAAUAAAAUACACUGAAGAUCUUGACGAUAACGAAAAGUUCAUUUUGAAAAAGUAUUCAAUUCACCUGCUCGUUAAGUUGAGUGACGCGAUGAUUUUGAGGUUUGCAAUUCCUUCAAGAAAAAUGACCAAAGAAGACCUUUUCGAUGCUGGAUUGUUGAAGGAGAACCAGGUCAAAGGAACGAAUAUGGCAAAUUUCGGGAAAUUACAAAGAAAACUCAAAGGAAAAGAACUUGUAGUAAACAUCAAAAUUUACAACAACUUUGAUGCAAAAUCAUUCGAGGAAAGUGAUGACCAAGAACUAAAAGCGGAAUUUACAAAGUUUCAAGAUUGGUAUUGUGCCAACAUUGAAAAAGUCGAAGAAAUUGCAAACAGGUUGGAAAGGGAAGAAAGGGCUGAUGCUACUGAGGCGAUACGUACUCUUGUUAAACAAGUGAGAUUAACAAGUACAGAUCAAACAGAAGCAACAGAUAUCGCUGAAGAUUGCAGCAGUAGUGAAAUUGAUAAAGAAAAGAGAGCAAACGCCAUUCAACACAGAAAGCAAAUAAGGGCUUUAUUCAAAAAAGAAGCAGAAGAUUUCUUAAAAAGUUGCCCAGUAAAAAAACUAACUUUGAACACCUUGUUUGUCUUGAUGACUCAAGAAGAAAAGAAUCAAUUUUCAUGUUUAUUUAAUCUUGUGAAAAAGAUGAAUGCUAAGAGUCCAACCACUUGCCCAGUUGAAAGAUCUUUUAAUAAAAUUGGACAAUAUGAUAGAGCAAACAUGAGCGUUGAAAAGAAAGUUGCUUACAUGGAUGUUGGGGAUGCUCUGAAAAACUAA